AUGUCUGCAGAAGAAACCAAACCAAAGGUCGAAGAAUCCACACCUCAACCUCCUACUUCCAGCGUCUUCCUGAUGUUUGGAGCCAAGAAGGAAAAGAAGGAGGAGAAGGAAGAAAAAGAGGAAAAAGAAGACGCCAAGCCUUCGAGCGAGAAGAAGACCGACUCUGAUAACGAGGCCGAAGAAGAGGAAGUCGAUGUCCAGUUUGAGCCUUUGGUGCAUUUGGAGAAGGUCGAAGUCAAGACCCACGAAGAGGACGAAGAUGUUGUUUUCAAAGUCAGAGCCAAGUUGUUCAGAUUCCACGCCGACUCGAAGGAAUGGAAGGAAAGAGGAACCGGAGACGUCAAGUUCUUGAAGCACAAGACCACAGGCAAGACCAGAAUCUUGAUGAGAAGAGACAAGACAUUGAAGAUCUGUGCCAACCACUUGAUUGCUAAAGAAUACGAGUUGAAGCCAAACAUCGGCUCCGACAGAUCUUGGGUCUACUCUGUGACUGCCGACGUUUCUGAAGGUGAGCCUGAGGCCCAGACUUUGGCCAUCAGAUUUGGUAACAAGGAGAACGCCGACAAGUUCAAGGAAUACUUUGACAAGGCCAAAGAGGAGUCCAAGUGA